AACAGCUGUUUUCGAAAUUUCACGUGCAGGUCGGACAGUUUGGCUUUCUCUAGUCAGUAAAUAGAAAAUCCAACACUUCGUUAUGAUAAAACGUACAAUAGAUUGCCCCCGAUCCCCACUUUUCCUAUGUUGCUAAAGGAUUCUGUGUCGAAAACUCUUACAGUUCUCACAAGUCACUUCCGAUUUAAAUCGACCGCAAGCCAAACGUAUAACCUCAACCGAUUGCUUCUCAACAUGUCUCGGAAAAACGACGGUAAUCCGGGCCGUUCUAGCCCAAAAAGACAACAGCCGCCUGGGAAGGACAAAGGGACGAAGUAUUGUCCAGGAACAGUAACUCUGCAGAUACUGGGCUGCGGAGGUUCGGGCUCGCCAGGGGCUGUUUAUUUGUUCACUGACCAGUCUAGGUAUCUUUUCAACUGUGGUGAGGGCACACAGCGCCUGGCUCAUGAACACAAGACUAAGCUCUCACGUCUGGAGCACAUAUUUCUUACUAGGACAAGUUGGGAACGAAUCGGGGGCCUGCCUGGUCUCAGUUUAACGGUCCAAGAUGCUGGUGUUCGCAACUUGACUUUGCAUGGUCCACCUGGAUUGGACGAGAUAUUUAAGGCGAUGCGACGCUUCGUAAUAUUGAAAAAUCUCAAAGUUGAUGCUGAAACUUGCGAGGAGCGAGGUGUCUACGAAGAUGAGGUCAUGACGGUCCAAUAUAUUCUUAUAGACAAGAAACCUGUUAAGAUGCUGGAAAGCAGCUAUAAAUGGAGUUUAUCGGACUUGGAGCUCGACAAUACGGACUACUACGAAUAUGAAAAUGGUCGCAACUCAGAUUCACCUUCACCGCCUUUGGUAUUGGACUACAACAAGAGAGAGGAGAACGUUGUCAUAUGCUACAUUUGCAAACUAAAACCGAAACCAGGUGCUUUAAAUCUAGAAAAAUGUGUCGAUAAGGGUGUCCCACCAGGUCCUUUGCUAGGCCAAUUAAAAAAUGGAAAAGACAUCACUCUACCAGAUGGGACAGUUGUUACUGCAGAAGAGGUCACCGCUCCGAGUGAUCCUGGACCAGUAUUUAUUUUCAUUGACAUUCCUAGCGUAGAAUACCUGACGUAUCUCAAAGACAAAAAGUACAUAUUUAGGGAAUACAAUUCAAAUGCUUCAGUUGAUCAUAAUGCUGCUCUCUGUGUCGUACACUUUUCUCCGGCGGAAAUAGUGAAUACGGAAAUAUAUGACGAUUUUAUGGGAGAUUUUCCAGCUAGUACAAAGCAUUUAGUUUUAAAUGGCUCGAAUAAAUUUUCUGGUUAUACAGCAGCACAUCGGAUUCAGUGGCAAUUGAAUCAGAUCGAUGAAAAUAUAUUUCCCUUACUAAAAGAAUGUCCUGAUCUCAAGUGCGACAAACUUCAUAUUUCUUGCAAAACAAUGAAAUUUACUCCACCAUCAGAAAGUAGUGAUACAUCAACCGAGGAGUUGGCUGCACAAACUGAUAGCCCAGAAGAGAAAAGGGACGUUUGUCAAGAUGGUUACAUCGAUCUAACCAAUUCCCUAACAGCUUACCAUUUGCGUCCGCUCAAGGGUUUAGAUCGUAGUAACGAAGCAAUUCUAGACCCAGCCAGUUAUCUGGAAGAAGCGUACAAAAUAAAUAAUUUCAAUGAAUCAUUGGAAUUGCUUAAACAGGAAAUGGCAAAAGCGCGCGUGCACAAAAAUCGCGAGACCGAAUUCCCGAAAAUUUUAUUCUUGGGAACUGGGUCGUGUAUACCAAAUAAAACCAGGAAUGUCAGUUCUAUUUUAAUACACAGUUCACCAGAUGCGUGUAUUUUACUAGACUGUGGCGAGGGAACGUGGGGACAGAUGAUAAGGUUUUAUGGCGAAGAGGAAGCUACCGAUUUAUUGGCCAAAUUAAAGCUAAUUUAUAUUUCACAUUUGCAUGCUGAUCACCACAUAGGUUUAAUUAAUAUUUUGAAUACGCGGAGAGACAUUCUUGGGAAAACGGUGGAACCUAUCAUUCUAUUAGCUCCAAAACAAAUUAAUGCUUGGCUGUAUUUCUACAAUCAACGAAUAGAGCCUAUCGGAGAUACUUUUACCCUAGUCUCCAAUGAUACUCUGGUACAAGCACCAUACACUAAUCCAGCGUUAUCACAAAUGGGCAUCAAAAGUAUCUCCACCUGCUUAGUGCGACAUUGUCCAUUCGCUUACGGCAUAGCAAUUCACUUCAAUAAUCCGCAGGACCCGAGCGACUUAAUCAAAAUAACUUACAGCGGCGAUACCGCUCCUUGUGACGACCUAGUGAAUUUGGGAAAUAAUUCGACUUUACUCCUGCACGAAGCAACAAUGGAGGACGAGCUUGUAGAAGAAGCGAGACGGAAAAGACACAGCACAGUCUCUGAGGCGAUUGAACAAGGGAGGAAAAUGAAUGCAAAAUAUACAAUUUUAACGCAUUUCAGUCAACGCUACGCCAAGAUUCCACGCAUCAACACCGCCUUAGCCGAAAAUGUAGGAGUAGCGUUUGAUAAUAUGGAAGUGACAAUAAGCGAGCUAAAUCUUUUACAUUUGAUGUAUCCCACGUUGAAAAUAUUGUUCUCAGAACACUUUGAAGAGAUGGAACAGAAGGCCUUGAAAAGAAGUAUGAAGCUUGAACGCAAAAAGCAACAGCUCCAAGAACAGGGUGUUGCCAAAUGUCCAACACGGUGACACUCGUGUUAAUCCUAAAUUAAAAGUUUAAGAUUUCGGAUUACAAUAGUUCCAUUAAUUUAUUCAGGUUUUUUGCUUUCAUUCGAAAAUUAUGCCAGCAUAGAUGAAUAUAAUUGAAUAGCAGCAAAGUCAAA